AUGACGCGUUGGCCCUUCAAUUUACUACUAUUGCUCUCGGUGGCAGUACGCGACUGUAGCAAUCAUACCAUCCUCACUGUUGGCUAUCUGACGGCUCUCACUGGCGAGCUCAAGGACCGCCAGGGCUUGGCCAUAUCCGGUGCACUGACAAUGGCACUGGAUGAGAUCAACAGAGAUCCAAAUUUGCUGCCAAAUGUUACGUUAGCGCUGCGCUGGAAUGAUACCAAGGGUGAUACGGUGCUGGCAACGAAGGCCAUCACCGAGAUGAUAUGCGAUGGCAUUGCGACCAUAUUCGGGCCGGAGGGCCCGUGCUAUGUGGAAGCAAUUGUCUCGCAGAGUCGCAACAUUCCAAUGAUAUCCUAUAAAUGCGCAGAGAACCGUGCAUCCUCGAUACCAACAUUUGCACGCACCGAACCGCCCGAUACGCAGGUCGUUAAGUCGGUAAUUGCGUUGCUGCGCUAUUAUGCCUGGAACAAGUUCUCCAUACUGUACGAGGAGGUGUGGGGCACCGUCGCUGAUCUCCUGAAGGAUCAGGCCUCCAAGAGGAACAUGACCAUCAAUCACAAGCGGUCGUUCAUCGAUGAUCGCGCCAAGUGCUGUGAGCAGAUGAUUUCCUGUUGCCGCUCAGGCUAUUGGUAUCAGGUCGUGCAAAAUACGAUGAACCGCACGCGCAUCUAUGUGUUUCUCGGCUCGGCGAAUAGUUUGAUUGAUUUUAUGAGCUCGAUGGAUACGGCUGGGCUGUUUGCACGUGGCGAGUAUAUGGUCAUCUUUGUGGACAUGAUGGUCUACUCAGAGCGUGAGGCACAGAAGUAUUUGCGCAAGGUGGAUCAAAUCAAUCGCAUGACCAACUGCAAGAGCACCGAGAACUUCAAUCAGCUGGCGCGCAGCUUGCUCGUCGUGGCCUCCACGCCACCCACGAAGGGCUAUGAGAAAUUUACGGAGCAGGUGCGCAAUUACAGCUCGAUGCCGCCCUUCAAUUUUACGGUGCCGCAGCUCUUCUCGCAAAGCAAAUUUAGCAAGUUCAUAUCGAUCUAUGCGGCCUAUCUGUAUGAUUCGGUUAAGCUCUAUGCCUGGGCGCUGGACAAAAUGCUGCGCAUGGAGGAGCGCGUGCUCACCGAUGAGGUCAUCUCUGAGGUGGCCAGCAAUGGAACGCGUGUCAUCGAUACCAUCAUCAAAAAUCGUACUUAUAUGAGUGUCACCGGUUCAACGAUCAAAAUCGAUCAGUAUGGCGACUCGGAGGGCAAUUUCUCGGUGCUGGCGUACAAGCCCCAUAAAUGGAACAUAUCGGAGAAUAUACGCUGCAAUUACCAUAUGGUGCCGGUGGCGUAUUUCCAUCAAGGCGAAGAACUUCCAGAAUAUAAACUGAUAAACGGUUCCAUCGAUUGGCCCUCGGGCGGCGAGAAGCCCACCGAUGAGCCGAUGUGCGGCUUUGCCAAUGAGCUGUGCAAGAAGGACGACACCCACUACACGUCCACUGUGGCGGCGGUGGUGCUGGGCGUUCUGCUGUUCUGCUCCGGCGUGGUUACCAUGAGCAUCUAUCGCAAGUGGAAGAUUGAGCUGGAAAUUGAGGGUCUGCUCUGGAAGAUAGACAUAUGCGAGAUCAAGGAUUAUUCGGGCAAUGAAAUCGUCUCAUCGCCCAGCAAGGUCAGUCUGAUGAGCGCUCAGAGCUUUGGCUCCCGUUGGUCCCAUCAGUUUGUUACCUCGACGGCGCGUCUGCGCGGCGCCGUUGUGCGCAUCAAGGAGCUAAAGUUUCCGCGCAAGCGCGACAUCUCGCGCGAGAUCAUGAAGGAGAUGCGUCUGCUGCGUGAGCUGCGCCACGAUAAUAUCAAUAGUUUCAUUGGCGCCUGUGUGGAGCCCACACGAAUUUUGCUAGUCACGGAUUACUGCGCCAAGGGCAGCCUGUACGACAUCAUUGAGAACGAGGACAUCAAGCUGGAUGAUCUAUUCAUAGCCUCGCUCAUCAAUGAUCUCAUCAAGGGCAUGCUGUACAUACACAGUUCACAGCUAAUCUAUCAUGGCAAUCUCAAAUCCUCGAAUUGUGUCGUCACCUCGCGCUGGAUGCUGCAGGUCACAGACUUUGGACUGCACGAGCUGCGCCAAUGCGCCGAGAGCGAGUCCAUUGGCGAGCAUCAGCAUUACAGAAAUCAACUUUGGCGCGCCCCGGAGCUGUUGCGCAAUCAUCAUUUGCAUGGCAGCCAGAAGGGCGAUGUUUACGCGUUUGCCAUCAUAAUGUACGAAAUAUUUAGUCGUAAGGGUCCAUUUGGACAAACCAACUUUGAACCAAAGCAAAUUGUGGACUUAGUUAAGCAGCAGCCACUCAAAGGCUCGGAGCCAUUUCGUCCCGAGGUCGAGUCCAUUAUAGAGGCGGAGUCCUGUCCGGAUUAUGUGCUGGCCUGCAUUAAGGACUGCUGGGCCGAGAAUCCCGACGACCGACCCGAGUUCAGUGCCAUACGCAAUCGGUUGAAGAAAAUGCGAGGUGGAAAAACCAAAAACAUCAUGGAUCAAAUGAUGGAAAUGAUGGAGAAGUAUGCCAACAACUUGGAGGAAAUUGUUACGGAGCGCACGCGUUUGCUGUGCGAGGAGAAAAUGAAGACGGAGGAUUUGCUGCAUCGCAUGCUGCCGCAAUCGGUGGCCGAGAAACUGACCAUGGGUCAGGGCGUAGAGCCAGUCUCCUAUGAUCAGGUCACCAUCUACUUCAGCGACAUUGUGGGCUUCACAGCUCUUAGCGCGGAGAGUACGCCGUUGCAGGUGGUAAACUUUUUGAAUGAUCUCUACACGGUGUUCGAUCGCAUCAUACGCGGCUAUGAUGUCUACAAGGUGGAGACCAUAGGCGAUGCCUACAUGGUGGUCUCUGGUCUGCCCAUUAAGAACGGGGAUCGGCACGCGGGUGAAAUUGCGUCCAUGGCGCUGGAGUUGCUGCAUGCUGUCAAACAGCAUCGCAUUGCCCACAGACCCAACGAGACGUUGAAGCUGCGCAUCGGCAUGCACACGGGUCCGGUGGUGGCUGGCGUGGUGGGUCUCACCAUGCCCAGAUAUUGUCUCUUCGGGGACACAGUGAACACAGCCUCGCGCAUGGAGAGCAACGGCGAGGCGCUGAAGAUACACAUAUCCAAUAAGUGUAAACUGGCACUGGACAAACUGGGUGGCGGCUACAUAACCGAGAAGCGAGGGCUAGUCAGCAUGAAGGGCAAGGGCGAGGUGGUCACCUGGUGGCUAGUGGGCGCCAACGAGAAGGCCAUACAGAAGAAGGUGGUGGAUAUGACGGAUAUGCCACCGCCGCUGUUCAGCCGGCCCAGGAAGAGUCCCAAGUUGAAUCCGGACUCCAGGCAGCCCAGUUUGCUGGCCAUGCACAAUUGUGGCACUGGAUCGCGGCGACAGAGCAGCGUACCACGUCCAACGGAUGUGGAAUCCACCUACAGUCUGCAGGGCUCCGUCUGUCAGGUGGCGCGUGAAUCGCCGCGUCUGGCAUCGAAGAGGGAUCGAGAGCGGGAACGAGAACGGGAGCGGGAGCGGGAGCGAGAACGUGAACGGGAACGACCCGUGAAUGGACUGGGCGGCCAUUUUGUUGGCGGCGCGCUGCUGGAGUCCGCGCAGGCCUCGCUCAGCACGCUGAAUCAUUCCGAUACAAAUGAAACGAACUGUGAUACUAACGAAGCCGCCAUGCUCGAUGGCGAACUGGAGUUGAACGGCGGCAUCAGUGCCGCUGGCCUGGUGCGCCAGCCAAAUGCGCUGCACAAGCCGUUGGCCAUGGUGCGGCCACAUCGCAUCAUCAAUGCAUUGCCCGAGGAUCAGGCGAUGCCAGCAGCUGUGGUGCAUCACAACAUUGCGGAGCUGCUGCUGCGGGAGUCACGCUCGCUGGAUCCCAUGCCGAUGCAGCAGCCGCGCAAGCGACACGAACGCGGCAAGCUGCCGCCCUCGAAGCUGUCCAAGAACAACUCACGCUCCCUGGACACGGGCGUCUCGCUGAUCAGCGGCAAUCCCAAUGGCGAUGCGGCUGUCGAGGAUGAAACGGAUGAUAAUAUGUCGGCCAAUCCGGUGGACGCCAAUGAUAGCUACGACGAUGAGCGGGGUCUGCUCAUGCGUCACGAUAACGGGCAGCUGCCCAUGCUGCGCUACUCGAGCAGCUUUGCCAACGCCCAGCCCAGCAUUGUGCCCGCCGGCGAGAGCAGCAGGCGGCGCAGCAGCAACGUCUCCGCCAGCAGCUGUGCGAAGCACCUGAACAACAACUGCAACGGUGGCAUGAGCAUCGAGGAGGACAUGCAGUCGCCGCUGCUGCAGCGACAGGCUUCCCUAACCGCGCCGCCCGAGGAGCUAAUGGCGACCUCCAAGCGCUGGCGGUCGCUGGAGCAUAUGGAGCCCGGCGUGCCGGGACAUGGCAACAGUGUCAGCUAUGCUGCUGACAUUGAUGGACGCCAGGAACAAGCGGGCGGCGAUGGAAGUUUAGCCUUGCUGCCAGGCAGCAAUCAACGUGGCACACGCGGCGGUGGCAGCAGCAAAGUCAGCAACUGGGUGGUCAACCUGUUCAAGGGCAACGGCAUGCGCAGUGGUGACUCCACGUUGCGACGCGUAGGCAUCCUGCCCAGCAGUGUGCAGGGCGUGACUGCCACCUCGACGGCUCGGGAUCGUGAGAGUAUUGUAUAAUUGGGAUGAGCGUUCAAAGGUCAUAUAUAAUCUUGGGAGGGGCGGGGGAGAAAGUUACUCAGGAACAGUGCGAGCAGGAAACGAAUGUCUAAGGUUUAAAUUACACACACACACACACAUACACACUCACAC